AUGAUCCACGGCGAGGCGCACGUCUCAUUCACAAGAAUACCACCGCCAGCGUCCAGGGGUACCUGGUCUCCGGUGCGAGCUGCAGCAGCGCCAUCAGUUCUGAGAUCACCCGACUGCGUCUUCAGAGGGAUCCGCGCCAGCGUGCCAAGCCUGGAAUUGUUGUCGGGCCGCAGCCACCUGCCCACGGCCAGAGCUCUAAGCCCCUUGGCAGCCAGGGGGCAGGUAGUACACAUGUCCACGCCCAGGGCCUCCGUGCGGGCGAUUGCGGACGCGCACCGCCUGACGUCAAAGUCUUCGUCAGCCUUGGGGCUCUGUGCCGCCACGGUGGCCCACGUCGGCCACGACGGCAGAGACUCCGCAGACGUGGCCCACGUCAGCUACGACAUCCUUGGGCAGACGACAGCCACGACAGCCACAUCAGCCACGGAAGACACGCCAGUCACGACAGCCACGACGGCCACGAGAUUGCCUGGGUACGUCACGUCAUCCACGACAGCCUUGGGAGCGGUGGCCUCGCGCACACACAUACCUCGAGUGCCGCUGGAGGUGCUUCGUUGCACGAGCUAUCUGCAAGCUACAAGGACCUCAACACGCCCAGGAGUUCCAGGCCGAGCUUGA